AUGGCGCACCUAUGCUUUAAACUAGGCUGUGAAUAUACAUAAAAUGGCCGGAGACGAGCGACCCGUCCUUCCGUGGCGGGUGUCCUUAUGUAUGCCGGACAUGGUUUUUGGAUGCGGAGAGCUACCCAAGGGGAGAGUUAGCCUCAAGGCGAAAGGCCCAGCCCAAUUUCCGCUGAUUUUGGGACUUGACCCGAGCAGCAGUUUUUCGCAUUCUUUUUGCCAGUAGCGCAGAGGCCCAGACUCGGUGUCCGAAAGCGGAAGGGUGAGUUACCUGCCUAGAAUACUUUGUGGCUUAGCCCCGAAUCCCGCAAGGGGUUGAGUUCUUUCUUGGAGAUGAUCCAGAAAAGAGGGGAGGCGAAGCUAGACCAGAGAACCCAAGGGCGCAAGUCUCUCCAGUUAAAAGGGUCCUCUCAGGAGGGCGAUCUGGCCAACCGGAGGCAAAGACUGGCGUAAUUCGGUGCGAAAGGCUGAGUUGGAAAUGGUGGUGCCCAGCGACAGUCGGCUGACGACUCAAUAGGGCAACCCACUACCGAGAAACCAGGGGUUUCGGCCUGGGCUCAGAGAACCAGUGAUGGAAGUCCAUCCUUUUCGCUCGUGCCAGCACGGCUCCUCAAGGAGCGCGGAGGAAUACCACGCAUGGAAGUGGGGACUAUAAAGACACAUCGUUAAUCUAAUCUAAUCUAAUCUAAACUAGGCUGUGAACUUGAACCUCAAAUUGUUUGCUGUUGUUCAUCUCCUGAAACUUACUGCUGCGAGAUCCAUCUUGGAGAUCAUCUCAAACUCCCAUGCAGAGCUCAUGCCUUUGAUUUUAUUUAUGUAGAGCCUUGCAAACGAACUAAAGAUGCAAUUCUUGCUCCUUUUUCCUUAAUAGGGACAAUUUUUUUAUCCUUUAUGAGAUUAAUUUUUUUUUAUAAAAUUAUAUAGUCAAGAAUUAUGAUUUUUUAAAUUGUAUAAUAAAAAACUUAUGUUUAUUAUUUAUCAUUUUUAAUAGUCAUUGCUCACUUAAGCAGUCUGGAGAGUUAGAUUCCUUUCAAGAGAAAAGUCUAAGAAAGAGAAACUUAACUCCAACCCUCUUUAAUAUGGAACAAGAAUUCUGUUCGAAUUUCAAACAGGGUUGGCUUUUUGUUUUAAUCCCAUCCUCCGUAAGCUAACAAAAUGACUAGUAAAUUAGUAUUUUUUGUGUAAAAAGUAUUAUCUUUGAGCGAACAAAAAAAAUUUGCAAUAAAAAAAUAUUUUGAUAUAUUAAAUUUUAAACAAUUAAUAUUUAAAUAAUUGGGUUUUUUUAUAAAAAAAGUGUGAGCGAAAAAAUUUUUUAUGUUCCCUCAUUGUUGAGAGUUCCAAUUUAAAGAGGCUAUAACUUGCUUCAAUUUAAAGGGCGGGAGUAAGAAGGUUGUCCUGGGUUCUUUUAGAGUAAAUCUUUAUAGCUCAAAAAAGAGUGUUGAAGAAACUUUAUCAAAGCUAAAUACUGAUUUAGAAGAAAUAAAUGAAUCAAUUGCAAAGAUAUCAAAUACUUCAAAACAAGAAGCCCCCAUUUCUGAUCUCAUGCUUUUACAGCCUUAUGAUGAUUUUAAGAUCGCAAGAGCAACAAUUCCAGAUGACUUAGAACAUUAUACCAGCUUUAAGUAUAUUUGCUCUUUAAAUGAAUUGCAAUCAAAAAGAAUUUCCUUAUUAAGUAAACCCAAUAGCGCAAAAGCAGAGCAAAAUUUCAGGAAAAAUUGCUUAUUAUAUGAGAAUCAUGCCUAUGGUUUUUUAUUCAGCCAAGCUUAUCAAGGUUUUGUCAACUCUUAUCAUCAGAACGCAUCUCUCUAUCUUAUAGGUGAAAGUAAUGAAAAAACUAAGCUGUUUAUUUAUGACACUGAAAAUGAAAGAGAAGAUAUGAAAGACUUUAGAUACCAAUGAAAAUUAGAUAAAAUACAUUGCAUUGCUCAGCUUCCAAAUGGUGAGCUAUUUGGUACAUAUGAAUCAGAAAAGCAUGCUUUCAGUGCCUUUAUAGUUGAUAGAAAUUAUAAAGUCCGCUUAUUGCCAUAUCAGAAGCCCCAUGGCUACGCUGUUGCUGUCUAUUUCAACAGGAGUGUCUAUUGCUUUGGGGGAUACGAUUUUAUAUCUAGUAGAUAUGAUAUGGAUUUAAACAUAUGGCGUGAAUUAACUAUAAAAAGAGUAUAUGACAACUGCUGUCAUUGCAUAAUUUUUAAUGGAAAUAUUUUAAUUUCCAUAAAUUUUACUCAUAAUCCAAACUAUCUUUUACUUUACUCAAUUGAUAUUGACUCAUUCUCAGAUAUUCCUCUUCCGUUUUAUGGAAACAAAACAAAUGUGUUAGUAAAUACAGAAGAGAGACUGUAUUUGAUUGAAUUUGAAGGUGGAUGAAUCUAUGAGAGUAAAAUCUCAAGCUACACUACCUGAAGUCGAGUUGCAGAGUCAAAUAUAAAUUUUAAUCCUUUUCUCACAUAUUGUUCAUAUAAUAAAGGAGGGAUUUAUAUCUCAGCUAUUGAUAGCGGCUCUGGAAGAGAAUAUUUAAAAUUUGACUUAGAUCGAAAAGUUCUUAUUGAAAUUGCUUGCUAUAAUAAGCAUGUUGCUCUUAAAAGGUCAGAUACCAAGCUCGAAACAAUAAAGUGCUGUGAUAGAACCUAUAAACUCAGUCCUGAUGAAGCAGCAGAUUAUAUUAAUAAAGGAUACGGACUUUAUGAUUUGUGCAGAAGGCUUGAAAAAAUAGAACGCUACAACAAAAAACUAGCACUCAAUCCUCGAGAUGCAUUUAAACUUUAUAGCAAAAAAGGGCGUGCCCUUUAUGAUUUGGAUAGAAAUGAGGAAGCAAUAGAGUGCUAUAAUAAUGCAAUUAUACUUGACCCUACAGACGAUGAAAUUUACUAUAAUAAAGGAUGCGCACUUUAUGAAUUGGGGAGAAAUGAUGAAGCAAUUGAAUGCUACGACAAAUUGCUUGAGGAAAAACCUAAAAAGCCGUUAAGGUCAAAGAGAAAAGCUAAAUUAAUAGAAAGUAAUAAAAAUAUAGCAAUAUCCAAAACUGGCAAGAUUUUAGCUUACUUUAAUAAAGCUAAUGCUCUUUGCGAUAUGGGGAAAUUUUCAGAUGCAAUAGUAUGUUAUGACGAGGCAAUUAAACUUUUUGAGAGACAUGCUUUUAUUUGGAAUAAUAAAGGGCAUGCUCUUUCCAGAUUAGGAAAGUACUAUGACGCAAUAGAUUGCUAUAAUGAAGCAGUAUGAAGUAAAGCUACUAACCCUCUGUAUCUUUGUUAUAGGGCUAGCCUUCUCAAUGAUAUAGGAUUUGAAGUGCAAGCGCUGGAGGAUCUUCGUGCGGCAUAUGAUUUGAUAAAAGAUAACCAAGCAGGUGAAAUAAGUAUUGAAUCACAUGAAAUCUCCUUUGAGGAAAGAUAUAAAUGCACUAUUGACACAUUAAAUCAAGAUUGGAUUGAAUUGAUUAAAAAGUUUUUUGAAUUGCCGGAUAAUAGUUUUAUUUCUAAAGAGGAAUACCAGGAAUUCAAAAAUUCUAUUAAAAAUUCGGUUCCAAAUGAAAAUAAUAGAGGGAUUAAUGAAACAGUUAAAGCUCAAAUUUCCAACAUUAUCAAAAGGGCGAUACAAUUUCUUGAGCUUAAUAACAGUUUGCCAGGCAAAGCUAUCCAGAAAAUAGAAAAGAAUAAAUUUAGCAUCCAAGAAUGCAAAUGCUAUAGGCCAUUUAUGUUUCAGCAAGGCAUAUAA